ACUGUUUUUAUAUUGAUAGAAGUUUUCAUAAGAAAAUGACGAAGUACAAAUUAUCAUACUUCCCAGUGAAAGCUCUUGCUGAACCUAUUAGAUUCUUAUUUAGUUAUGCAGAGAUUGAUUUUAUUGAUGAUAGGUUUGACAGAAAUGAUUGGCCAACUAUAAAACCUACAACACCAUUUGGUCAGGUUCCUGUUCUUGAAGUAGAUGGCAAAAAAAUUUGUCAAUCCAAUGCCAUCUGCCGUUAUUUGGCUAAAAAAUGUGGUCUUGCUGGAAAAAAUGAUUGGGAAGAACUUGAAAUUGAUGCAACUGUUGAUACUAUUCAUGAUCUUCGAGCAAAGAUUGCUGCGUAUCAUUAUGAGAAUAAUGGAACUGCAAAAGCAGAGAAACUCGAAAUUGCAAAGGAACUCGUACCUUUCUAUGUUGAACGAUUGGACGAACAAGCAAAAAAGAAUGGUGGUUAUUUAGUCGGUGGACGACUUACAUGGGCAGAUAUUGUUUUGGUUAGCCUUCUUGACUAUCUUAAUUAUAUGGCUACCUACGAUAUCAUUGAGAAGGCAGAAAAUUUAAAGACAAUCCGAGAUAACGUAUUAGCUGAACCCAAAAUCAAAAUGUGGAUAGAAAAACGCCCAAACACUGAACUUUAGUAAUUGAACUUCUUCUGUAAAAGAAAAU